AUGGCUCCAAUCAAUAUCGAUCAUUAUGGGCCCAAAAAGGAAGAACGUGCCGCGGACACGGAUGAGGAACCAACCCGCAAAGCCGUUUACGAGAAGCUGGGGAUUCCGCCGUCCUCAUGGAACCCCGACAUGGGUAAUCUGAAGGAUACCGUUGCCUACCGACUCAAGGUCACAACAUUUGACGGUCUCUGUGUGGCGAAAGACGUUCUUAUAAUGGCUAGAACGUUGAUCGACAAGUAUAAGCACACAGAGUACAUCUUGGGGGGAAUGAAACCGACGUCUAUGUGGGAAAACUGUCCAACCUGA